AUGGAUGAAGAGCAAUUGGACCUGGAUGUGAUGCAAAACUGGAUUAAAGAUCUUAAAGAUGCAGCUUACGAUGCAGAGGACUUGGUGGACAGACUGGCAACCGAAGCUUAUCUGAGGCAGGACCAGGUAUCGCUCCCCCGAGGUAUGGAUUUCCGCAAAAUAAGGAGCCAAUUUAACACAAAGAAACUCAACGAAAGGUUUGACCAUAUUAGAAAAAAUGCAAAGUUCAUACGAUGUGUUGUUCCAACUGAGGGUGGCUGGACUUCCAUACCCGUCCGACCGGAUAUGUCUACUGAGGGUGGCCGGACUUCCAUAUCCUUUCCACCGGAUAUGUCUACUAUUGUUGGUAGGGAAGACGAUAAGGAGAAAAUAGUAGACAUGUUGCUAGAUAGCAACUACGACACAGAAGUUGGCAUUCCAGUCAUUCGCAUAGUUGGGAUGACGGGUAUGGGAAAAACAACACUUGCUCAACUGGUCUACCUUGACGCUAGGGUAGUGAAACGUUUUAAGGAAAACAGAAUAUGGGUUUGUGUCACCGUGAAUUUUGACCUCUCUAGGAUUCUUAGAGAUAUCAUGAUGAGGUCUAAUCCUAACAUAAACCAUACAAAUUCAUCCCUCAACCAGUUAUGUGAGGAUUUUCAAAAAUUUGUACGUGGAAAAUGUUUUUUACUCGUUCUAGAUGAUGUCUGGACUGAUCAUGAUGAGGAAUGGAAGAGGCUUCUAGAUCUCCUACGGGAAGGGGCAAAGCAGAGUAGAGUUCUGGCCACCAGUCAAAAGACUGAAGUUUGCCAUGUCCAGUACAUGCAAAUUACUCACAACUUGAACUUUUUGUCGUACGACGACUGCUGGUCUUUGUUUCAACGAACUGCAUUUGGACAAGACGAUUGUCCAUCCCAACUAGUCGAAUCUGGAACCAGAAUCGUCCGCAAGUGUCAGAAUUUGGCUUUGGCAGUAAAGGCAAUGGGAAGCUUUCUGGGCCGCAAUCUUGAUCCAAAAAAAUGGCGAAGAAUCUCAGAACUUGACAUAUGGGAAGCUGAGAAGGGGGAGCCCAAAUCUACGAGCCCCAGCAUUUUCCCCGCGCUGAAAGUGAGUUAUAAUCAUCUCCCUUCUCAUUUAAAGCCACUGUUUUGCUACUGUUCCAUAUUUCCAAAGGGGUAUUCAUUCGAUAAGAAGGAGUUGGUUCAAUUAUGGAUAGCGGAAGAUUUAAUCCAGUUCCAAGGACAAAAAAGGAUGGAGGAGAUAGCAGGUGAAUAUUUCAACGAGUUGCUAACCAGAUCCUUCUUUCAAAGUCCAGACGUAGACAGGAAAAGGUACAGGAUGCAUGAUCUUUUCCACAAUCUGGCACAAUCAAUUUCUGGUCCCUAUUCUUGCCUAGUGAAGGAGGAUAACACGCAAUAUGAUUUCUCUGAACAAACUCGUCAUGUGUCAUUGAUGUGUAGAAAUGUGGAGAAACCUGUCCUGGAUAUGAUUGAUAAAUCAAAGAAAGUGCGCACACUUCUACUCCCCAGCAAUUAUUUGACAGAUUUUGGCCAAGCUCUAGAUAAAAGGUUUGGCAGAAUGAAAUACAUCCGUGUGUUGGAUCUGAGUUCAAGUACAAUUCUUGAUGUACCAAAUUCAAUCCAAGAGUUGAAGCUGUUGCGCUAUCUCAACCUCUCCAAAACUGAAAUCAGAAGUCUCCCCGCCUUCCUCUGCAAACUCCAUAAUCUGCAAACCCUACUACUGUUAGGGUGUGUUUUUCUUUUAAAAUUGCCCAAGAACAUUGCCAAGCUAAUAAACUUGAGACAUCUUGAACUAGAUGAAGUGUUCUGGUACAAAACCACAAAGUUGCCACCAAAUAUUGGGAGCUUAACCAGUCUGCAGAACUUGCAUGCAUUUCCAGUUUGGUGCGGCGAUGGAUAUGGGAUUAAAGAACUGAAGGGCAUGGCAAAGCUUACGGGAUCAUUGCGUAUUUCAAACCUUGAGAAUGCAGUGAAUGCAGGUGAGGCAAAAUUGAAUGAAAAAGAAAGCCUUGAUAAACUUGUGUUGGAAUGGAGCAGCCGAAUUGCUUCCGCACUAGAUGAAGCAGCAGAAGUGAAGGUGCUUGAAGAUUUACGGCCCCACUCAGACCUCAAAGAGCUCCACAUUUCUAAUUUUUGGGGUACCACAUUUCCACUUUGGAUGACAGACGGGCAGCUCCAAAAUCUGGUAACUGUUUCCUUGAAAUAUUGUGAAAGAUGUAAAGCCCUUUCACUCGGUGCGCUACCCCACCUUCAAAAACUCAACAUUAAAGGGAUGCAGGAGUUGGAGGAACUAAAGCAAUCAGGGGAGUACCCAUCCCUGGCUUCCUUAAAGAUCAGUAAUUGCCCCAAGCUGACAAAGUUGCCAUCCCACUUUCGUAAGCUAGAAGAUGUGAAGAUCAAAGGUUGCAACUCUCUCAAGGUCCUUGCCGUAACCCCAUUUCUGAAAGUCCUAGUGCUUGUCGACAAUAUUGUUCUGGAAGAUUUGAAUGAAGCGAAUUGUUCCUUCUCUAGUCUCUUGGAAUUGAAGAUUUAUGGUUGCCCAAAGCUGGAGACCUUACCACAAACAUUCACACCAAAGAAGGUAGAGAUUGGUGGCUGCAAGUUACUGAGAGCUCUCCCAGCCCCAGAGUCCUGCCAACAACUUCAGCACUUACUUCUGGACGAAUGUGAGGAUGGAACAUUAGUGGGCACAAUCCCAAAGACCAGUUCUCUAAACUCUUUGGUCAUUUCAAACAUCUCAAACGCAGUCUCUUUCCCAAAGUGGCCUCAUCUUCCUGGUCUCAAGGCUUUGCACAUCCUUCAUUGCAAAGAUCUAGUUUAUUUUUCCCAAGAAGCAUCACCAUUCCCAAGUUUGACCUCACUUAAAUUUCUGUCCAUCCGAUGGUGCUCCCAACUUGUAACAUUGCCUUAUAAAGGGCUCCCCAAAUCCCUAGAAUGUUUGACUCUUGGUUCCUGCCACAAUCUCCAGUCCCUUGGUCCUGAUGAUGUGUUGAAGAGCCUCACCUCCCUCAAGGAUCUUUACAUCAAGGAUUGCCCCAAACUCCCCUCAUUACCGAAGGAGGGUGUUUCUAUUUCCCUUCAACAUUUGGUAAUUCAAGGAUGUCCCAUUCUAGUGGAGCGCUGCACAGAGGAUGAUGGAGGAGGACCAGAUUGGGGAAAGAUCAAGGACAUAACUGACCGAGAGAUUGGUUCCACUGAAGUAUCAUCAUCCCUCGAUUUGUCAAACCAAAUUCAAGAUCACCCAAAAGCAUCUUCAACUCGUUGGCAUCAUCCUUUUGUGAAGUACUGGAAAGGUUAG